AUUGAAAUGAGCACCAAGCCCAAAGCAAUCGGACCACUCAUCGCCGUACGUUGUAAGAUUUCGACUAUGUGAGCAGCAACGCGCCAGCCCUCCCUUUUUCCCAAAUUUAACUCGCGGUGCUUAAAUGGCAUCUCGUUUCCCUCCUCACCACCUCUGCUCGCUCCAAUGGCGAAAUCGCCCUCGGCGGGAAACCCGACGGCUUUCCGGCCAAGAAUGGUUGCACCGGUGAGAGUCCAUUUCUCUUUGGGCUCUUUUCGUGCUGCUCAGUCCAUGCAGAGAAGGAACGCCAAAAUAUUUAAAGAGUUGGGCUUAUUUUCAUUAAAGAAAAAGAUCGAAGAGACUGUCAAUCGUGCCGAAAUGAUGGCUCCAGGGGCAAUGAAGUUCGAAGAAGAAAGAAGGAUUAAGCAAGAGGAGGUUCUUCGGGAAUGCAAUCUGUGGGAUGAUGAUAUAACUUCGUCUAAUGAAUCUCUUAGUGCCUUUGCUGAUUCUAUUAAAGCUGUCAACAAUCUCAAAGACAUGUGGCAUAAGGCUGAAGAGGCGAAAUUGAUUACUCAGUUGGCUGAGAUGGAUAUUAUAAACGGUCGGCUCUUCGAGCAAGCAUAUAGUGCAUCGUUGGAUGUUAAUGAUUUCCUCGAUCGCUACGAGAUGUCUAAACUACUUAGGGGUCCAUAUGACAAAGAAGGUGCUUGCAUGAUCAUUAGAGCUGGAACAGAAGGCACCGCUUCUGAGAUGUGGACAGAAACAAUCCAGCUUAUGUAUACCAGAUGGGCUGAAAAAAUUGGCCACAAUGUGACAGGUUCGGAGACAUUUCCUUCUUCGGGAGGCGGCACCAAGUUAGCCACCAUUGAGUUUGAAAAGGAGUGCAUGUAUGGUUACCUUUCUGGAGAGCAAGGAAUCCAUAGAAUGAUCCACAGCUCUCUUGAUGGAUCUAUUAUUCGUGAGACUUGUUCAGCAAGCAUAGAUGUGAUUCCUCUUUUCCUUGAGAAUAUGGCUGAUUAUCACAUAGAUGAUAAAGAUAUGGAGAUAUCUUCCUCAUCUCAAGAGGAAACUUUCUGUAAAAGCAGAACUACAGUCAGCAUCCGUCAUAUUCCAAGCAACACAGUUGUGCAGUGCUCAGGUGAGAGGAGCCAAUUUGCAAACAAGAUGAAAGCUCUCAAUCGCCUCAAAGCAAAGCUUCUUGUGAUGGCAAUGGAAGAGAGAACCGAAACAGAAACAACUACGAUAAAAAAUAAUGAUUUAUUGAAGAAAACUAAUAAUAAUUAUGAGACAAGGAGGUAUAUGCUUCGCCCUCAUAAAUCAGUACACGAUUUAAGAACUGGAGUAACAUUGCAUGAGCUCAGUUCUGUUCUGAGUGGAAACAUUGAGCCGUUUAUAAGAGCUCAUAUCAGUCAGAGAGGAGGAAGAAAGGUUGUAUAAUUAUUCAUAUAUUUGAUUUUCUUUUUUCUAAGAUCUUUAUUUGUUAUGUACUUUGUGGUUGGAUACUUUGGAUUUCUUAUAAAUUUAUCAUUGUUGUAUGAGUGAAUUACAAACU